CUCGUUCAACGCUCGUCCAGCAUCCACCCCCAACGACAACUCACAGCCUCGCAGCCUCGCAGCUGAUGGCAGCAACGGCUGUGACCUGAACAUCUCCUCUACAGGCAGGCAUGCAACGCCAACUGUCACGGCAACCUCAAUGUCUGCCCUCAAUGGCGUGUCCACAACCCCACAGGACCCGAGCCGAGCUCGGUCGGCCUCGCGCACCCUCACCAUCAACACCAAGAACAGCCCGCCGCACUCUCCCUCGAUAACCGCCCGCACCGCCGGCAUCAACACCCACCUGAGCUCGACGGCCGAGCCAAGCCCCAUCCGCGAAGCCACCAGCCCGGCCGACGUCCGCGCCGCCCUCGCCGCCCUCCACACCCGCGAGUCCGACCUCACCCGCCGCCUGCAGGCGAGCCUCGCCGCCCAGGCCGACCUGCGCCGGGACCUGGGGCGCCUGGACAACCUGCGCGCCGGGCUGGGCACCCAGGUCAUCGCCACCCGCUCCAUCAGCAACAACAUGCUCGCCGGCGCCGCCCACACCGCCGGCCGCCUGUCCGGCCGCGUGCGCGAGCUCGACCUCGAGAAGCAGCGCGUCGAGGAGACCCUGCGCGUCGUCGAGCAGGUCGCAGAGCUCAAGGCCUGCGUCGGCGGUGUCGUCUGGAGCAUGGGCGCCCCGCAGGACUGGGAGGCCGCCGCCGGCUACGUCGCCCGCGCCAGCAGGAUACCAGAGGACAUCAUCCGCGGCGGCUUCGCCGCUGCCACCGUCCCCACGGUCGAGAUCCCCGAUGCGCCCUGGGUCACGCUCGAGAAUGCGAGGGAGAGCCUGUGUGGGCUGUUUCUCAGGGAGUUUGAGAAGGCGGCCAAGGAGGGCGACGGCACAAAGGUCACGCGCUUCUUCAAGCUGUUCCCACUCAUCGGUAGGGGCGACGUGGGGCUGGAUGUCUACGGCCGAUAUGUCUGUCAGGGCGUGGCCGGGACGGCGAGACAGACCCUCAAGGCGGGCACCGGCGGCCAUGGCGCACAGGACGGCUUCUUCUACGCGAAUGCCAUAACCAAACUGUUCGAGCAUAUUGCGCAGAUCGUCGAGAGCCAUGGAGGCUUGGUCGAGAGACAUUACGGGUCCGGCAAGAUGGUCAAGGUCAUCGAGAGACUGCAGAUGGAGGCGGACGUCCAAGGCGGCAUCAUCCUGGACUCGUGGAGUGACGACAGGGGCGUCGACAGGAAGCUGACAGACGUGAAGAGCUACCCCUUUUCAUUCUUGGUGCAGAGCUUCUUGCCACAGCAGAAGGGGAUGGCUGGAAUAUCAAGGGUGAACUCUCCAGCAGUGGGGGGCGGGACGAAUGACCCGAGGAAUAGUGAGGACGAGGGUGUCAACAUGAAAGAAGUGGACGGGCUGUUGAACGAGAUCGCUGUGAUGCUGGGCAGAUGGUCCCUUUACUCGCGCUUCAUCGCCGGGAAAUGCAAGGAGCCCGAUUCACAACAAGAUGCACCUCUUCAUGUUCCAGACCUUUUGACCAAAUCGAACCUGAGCCGCAAAGUCUCGGGAAAGCUUACCACACCCUACAAUGUCAUGAGCACGUUCUUCUUCAGAAGAUCCGUGGAAAAGGCAUUCCAGAUAGACGAGAUGCCCAGCGGGCUCUCACUCAGCGGGCACAAACAAUUGGACGGCCAGCCUCCAUUUGUAAUUUCAGCCGUUGAUGAUGUUAUGUACAUCGUCAACACCGUCAUCCAAAAGACACUAUCCACACACCAGAGAGAGGCUGUCGGCUCCGUCUUGCCGACAGUCGGCCGGGUUCUGGGGUCAGAUUUUGUUGGCAUGGUGCAGAGAAAGAUGCGAGACGAAUCAUAUCCCAAACCGGUGGUGCAAGGAGGACUACCUCCAGAGGACAAGGUCAUAGCUUUCAUUGUCCUCAUCAACAGCCUGGACAUGGCCAAUGAGUACCUGGAGAGGAUCAUAUUCACCUUCCUCGGAAAGUCGACAGAACGAACCAACGGCGCAGGACCGCAGCCGGCGCUUGAGGACACAUUCCCGUUCGAGCAUGAUGUCAUCUUUGUCACGAAUGCACUCAACGCGCUGCUGUCCAGCUUCACCUCGAAGACCACCGAGCUGCUGAGCGAGGGGUUGCAGGUCCUGGCCAACCAGGUGGCCAAGCCCCGGGUCCAACGGGUGCUUGCCGAAACGUUCCGCGAGGUGGACUACACGCUGAGCGAGGAGGAACUGGCGGACAUAGCGGCGGCGGAGGACAUAGACGAGGACGAGCUGCUGGACCAGGUGGCGCGGCGGUUCGAGCACGGGUGGGACGCGCUAAUGAAGCCGAUCGCGCGCAUCAUGACGCCCAAGACGUUCAGCACGCUGCUGGACCUGACAGCGAAGCACCUCGCGCGGGUGCUGGAGAAGCGGGCGUGGGGAUACUCGGGGCGGGCGAACGCGUUCGGCGUGAUCCGCAUGGAGCGCGACUUCUCCGCCAUCGUCAACGUGGUGUCCAAGGGCGGCAACUACAGCGUCAGGGAGCUGUUUGCCAAGGUGAGCCAGGUGCUGAUGGUGGCCAACAUGGAGGACGAUGAGUGGGAGGAGAUUAUGAACGACCCCUCGGACGAGGGCAUCCAGUGGGUGCUGAGCGAGGAGGAGAGGAGGAGGGCUCGCAGCUUUGUCAGGUCAUGAGCUGCGAUGGAGACCUAUCGAGAAAGACACGCCAGGUUGAAGUAGCAUUAGCGGGCACCUCAAUUGCUGAAAAAAUGUAUAUGGGAUGUUAGGAGGGUAGAGAUGUUCUCAUUUGUCUGUCCGUGUCUGUGAAUUAGUGUCAACAGUUGGUGGAACCGGCCUUCUUACAAGCCAGGGGAUGUCUACUAAGUACCUAGGUACCUAGGUA